AUGAAAAUACACACCGGUGAAAAACCUUUUUCGUGUAAUAUCUGUGAAUAUAGCUGUAUUAGAAAAAGUGAUUUGCAAACACAUAUGAAAACACACACCGGUGAAAAACCUUUUUCGUGUAAUAUCUGUGAAUAUAAAUAUAUUACAAAGAGCCGUUUGCAAAGCCAUAUGAAAAUACACACCGGUGAAAAACCUUUUUCGUGUAAUAUCUGUGAAUAUAGCUGUAUUAGAAAAAGUGAUUUGCAAACACAUAUGAAAACACACACCGGUGAAAAACCUUUUUCGUGUAAUAUCUGUGAAUAUAAAUAUAUUACAAAGAACCGUUUGCAAACCCAUAUGAAAAUACACACCGAUGAAAAACCUUUUUCUUGUAAUAUCUGUGAAUAUAGCUGUAUUAGAAAAAGUCAUUUGCAAACACAUAUGAAAAGACACACCGGUGAAAAACCAUUUUCGUGUAAUAUCUGUGAUUUUAGAUUUAGUUUUAAAAGUAGUUUGAAAACCCAUAUGAAAAUACACACCGGCGAAAAAUCUUUUUCGUGUAAUAUAUGUGAGUAUAGCUGUAUUAGAAAUAGUGAUUUGCAAAUACAUAUGAAAACACACACCAGUGAUAAACCUUUUUCGUGUAAUAUCUGUGAAUAUAAAUAUAUUACAAAGAACCGUUUGCAAACCCAUAUGAAAAUACACACCGGUGAAAAACCUUUUUCGUGUAAUAGCUGUGAAUAUAGAUGUAUUAGAAAAAGUGAUUUGCAAAGGCAUAUGAAAAUACACACUGGAGAUAAACUUUUUUCGUGUUAA